GUAUAAAAAUAUUAAUGAACUCUUGGUCAAACCACUAAAUCAAAUGGACAACCAGUUGAUAUAUGUUUAGUCUAAGUUAAAAUAUAACCGCACAAUGUAAAAUAUAACCGCAUAAAAAUGUAUUACGGAACUGUGUAACCUCCUGUCCAAAACUCACGGUACCAACUCUUUUAUUUGCCGACAGUCACGUAUAUAUAAUAACGAUUAUUCCUUCUUUUUGGCUUUAUAGAAUACGAUUGUCAACCUAUAUUGUUUUAUUAUAAUAAAAUUAUGAUUGCAAUCUAUUACAUUAUAUACUUGAAUCAUCACUAUAAUAUAAGCAUGCUAUUCAGUUACAUAUGCUCAUUUUUUCAGUAAUGUAUUCCAUCCAAAUUAUUUAUAUAUGUUAUUCAACAGUCUCAAUUUUUUUAUGAUAGAAAUAAAUAUUCAUUUAAACUCAUUUAGACAGAUUUUAAAUGGGUUAUUCUGUUAAAAAAUUUAUUAACCGUCAUUUUACUUAAAGUUAGUAAAGACCAUAUUAAUUAUUAGGAUGCAAACAUAUAACUCUAAUAGAUCUUAAAAAAAAGGUAAAGGAUUUAGGUUAAAAAAAGGAUAUAAAUAAGAUGGAUUUUGAGGGGAUUGGAUUUAAUCAUUUUAAGUUAAAAAGGAAUAUAAAAAGGGUCAGUGCUUUUGGAUAUCAUUUUCUGAUUUUGAAUAAAUGUAGUAUGAAACCAGGUUGGAUUUUGAGUCGGGUUUUCUUGGGUUUGGGUGGAUAUUAUUCUCACGUACAAGAACUAGAAAAUUUCUGAAUAUCUGUUAUAUAUGGUUUGCGUUUGGAUAUUUUUAACCAAAAUAACCAAAUUACUCGAUUAGUUUUGGGUGUUUAAUAUGAUUAGCCUAAAUUUACCCAAAAUAAUUAAAAAUUACCAAAAAAUACUCAUGAGAUAUGUUUUAAAUCGGUUAUUUUUAUUCGAAAGUAACCAUCAAUAUAAUUUUGAUUUGGAUAGUUUAUGUUUAAAGCAUCCAUUUUAACCAUUAAUACCCAAAUAACUAAUAUAUUUAAUUUGGAAAAUUUAAUUUCAAUAUUAAUAUUAUUAUAAGUAUACUUAUAAUUAAUAUAUAUUUAUAUGUUUGUAUACUUAUUCGGUUUUUGGUGCUGGUCUGAUUUGAUAUUCAUUUUUCGGAUAUAACACUUUAUUACCCAUUCGAGAAUAUAGGCCAUGUCUACUCAGGUCCACAACCCUGAUUUUUGAUUUCGAGUCAUUUUUUGGGUACAAAUAUUUCUUACUAAUUACAUUAAUAAUUCAAAAUGUUAAUAAAUGCAAGAAACAUAGCUUGAUUUUGUUCAAAUUGUUUUACAUAUUUUAAAUUUCUGUCAAAUAUAUUGCAUAUCAUUCUAAAACCUGAUUACAUUUAUAAUAAUCAAAAAUAUUUCCAUUAGAAAAUUAUAUUUACAAUAAUUUUCAAAAAUAUAACGCUUCUUUUGAACAUUUAAAUGUAGAUACACAAGCAAAAAAAAAAUUUAUGUCAAAUUGUUUUAUAAGUUAUACACCUCUUAUAUUGGGUCAAAAUUUAGAAAACCCUUUUUAAUUGCAUGACAAAUUAUUAUGUGUAAUAAUAAAGUUAUAUAAACUAUUAUAUAUGAAAUAAAAUCAUGAAAAUUUGAUGAAAAACAUAUAAUUGUAUCUAUUUUAUUAGUAAACAAAUUUAUAACUAUACUUUUCCAUUAAAAAAAAUAAAAAUAAUCACUAUUUAGGAAUAAAGUACAAAAUUAAUGUGUGAAAUAGCUAUGGCACAUGUGUAUAGUUUUGCAACAUAAUUCAAUACAAUUAUCAAAACCUCUUACUAACAAUUUUAAAAAUAUUAUACACAAACAUAUAAAUUAAAUUUAUUUAGCAUAUAAGAAAAAAUUACAGAAAAUGUUACAAAGAAACGGGCAUGUGAUUACAAAGAAACAAGUGUAUGCCGGGUCAAAUUUUAAAAUGUUAUUAUUUUAUAAAAUAGAUUUUGAUUAAGGUUUAUACACAAACUAGUAUUAUCUCCCAUGCAUACGCACACUCAUUAUUUUUUAUUUUUUAUUAUAUAACAUAUAUUACAAAUUUACAGUGAAUAUACAUGUUCUUUUGAGAGUUAUUGGUAGACUUAAAAUCUUUUUUGAGAUAUUUAUAACUUAUAACCGCCAAAUAUGGCUCCAAAAUGCAUGUAAAAUAUUGAUCGUUUAAUCCAAAAUCAUUAAAUAUGAAACGGAAAGUUAAUAUCUAGCACAAAUACAAUUAAAAUAUUAGCUUUUAAUUUUGUAGAUAAUUGAUGUCAUUUUGCGCUUUUCUUAUAUAUAUAUAUAUACUUCUGUUUUCUAUCUUGCUAUUUUUAUUUUGUUUUUCAUUUUCAAUACUAUAUUUAUCCUAAAGUUUUUGUUUCUGAAAAAUAUACAAAAAUGUAUGUUGAUCCAAAAAUAAUACGACCAUAAAAAAAAUAAGAAGACCAACCUGAAGUUAGAUACAUGAGUCCUCGUUUCUUCUACCACUCGACUUUUUAAUCCCCACUUUCUAUCUUCUUGUUAUCACAACAUUUUGUUUUUUCUUGAGGUGUUUCUUAAGUUGAUAUGGGGCUUGUAAGUGUGCUUUUAAGGUGAGCUUCUUACUUCUCUUCCUUGAAUUACACAACCACAACGAAUAAUCAUGUGCCAAUACUGAAGAUUUUAAUUUCUAUCAAAAAUAAACAGAAUCAGGUAAAAACAGAGCUGUUUCUUAUAUUUAAAGUUUAAUUUUGGCAUUUACAUUUUUUAUUUAAUUAAAGCGUGACUUGUUCUUUAGUAUAUAAAAUAUAUUAUUACAAAGAAAAAGACAAAUAUGAUUAAAAAGAAAAACACAAAUAUGAAAAUUAAUUUCUAAGAAAAAAACUAAAACAAAAAAAUAUACCCGUCCUAUCAGAAUCUAGUAGAUAUAAUAAGUUAAGAACAUGUUUCCUAUGCUUUAGGCAAGCGAUGAGGGGCAGGUCCGUAUAAAUGGCAGAGUCAUGCACGUAGUGUCAGGAAGCAACCGUCUUUCGUCGUUCACAUGGACCAAAAUCUUUUGAUGUGGGCAACAUAGUCAAUAUGAACCAGUAUAAGUCGAUGACCAAAAAAAAGGCAGAGCCAUGCAGUGGGAGGGGGUGACUCCCUAUGACUUUUUACAAAAAGAUAAAUUUAGCUUAUGUACGUGUUUUAUGCUAGAACAUUUGGUUAAAAUUCUUUAGUUUUAUACUAGUUCCAAUCUUUUUUUACCCAUUAAUAUUUUUAGUUGUAUUAUACACUCAUUUAAAAAAUGAACCCUAUAAAAAAUGAUGCUAGCUCCACCACUAGUCUGUAUGCCUAGGACUGAGACUUAUUAUCUCGAUUCGGAUCCGCUCUGAAAAUAAGAUAUUCGAGUAUCCAGAUUCUGAUAGUAAGAUUUUGGAUUCAGUAAAACCAGAUCGAGAUGUCUUGAUUUUUUCCAGAUCCGGAUAUGUAUUUCUAUGAUAUAAUAAAAUUUUAAUUUAAUUAAUAACAAUAUUUGAUAUAUUAAUAUUUAUAAAUAAAAUUAGUUUCAUAAUAUUAUAUUUUAAUUUUUAUAAUAUUAGAUACAUAUAUAUUUAUAAAUCUUAUAUAAAUAUUUAAUUUAUGUAUUAUUUUAAAAUUUUAGUAUUUUUAUUUCUAUAAUAAUUUUUACGGACCCAGGUCCGGAUUUGAAUCUCCGCGACUAGUAUAAUAUUUAGAAGAUAUCUGAAAUUUGGAUAUAUAGAAGCCAAAAAUCUGGAACCGGAUACUCUAAAUUUUUUGGAUAUUCGGACCCGUCCUACCAUUAUGUAUGCCUGCGAAAAAAAAAUCUUGUAACAUCCUUGUAUUGAUAUUAAGUAGAAAAUGCAUAUUCUUUAUAAAUUAUUAUAGUUAAAAUUGUGCUCUGUCAUGGUAAGAUAUUAUGAAAUCAACCUUAAAAAUUAGAGAAAUGAAUUGAAACACCAUAAGUUGACUAUUAUUUUUUUAGAAAUGAUUAAAUAUAUAAUUAUUUGUGAAUGAAAAAUAUGAAAUGAAAGAAAUGAAAUUAAAAAUAAAAUAAAAUGUGAGUUUCAUUCAGUUCACUUAUUCACACAUAAAUAAAACAAAUAUAUACUUUUUGUUUCGUUCUAAAAUAUUUUAUGGAAUUCUAUGAACAGUAAAUUUUAAAUAGAAUUAUCCUACGAAAUAUUCCCUACGUUUCAUAAAGUUAAAUAUUCUUGAGAAAAAAAAUUGUUUCAAAAAGAUCUAUUUUUGUAUUUUUAAUGCAUAUUUUAUUAACUAAUUGUAAACUUAAAAAAACUUAAUUAAACUUAUUGGAUUUUUAUUGUUUAAAAUUAUGAAGAAAGAUAAUUAAAAAAAAUUAUAUAAAUUUAAUGUAUUUUAUUAAAAUGUGUGAAAAAUCUAAAAUAUGUAACAUUUUGAAACUGAUAGGGUAACAUUUUUUGUAAGGGAAAAAGACUGAAAUUUGACGCUAAGACGAGGGCUUGACUCGUUCAAUGGGGGCGUACGUGGGUCCUACAAAAGCUUUACUUAGGUAUAAAAGUCAUAAUAAACACAUUACAAUAAAAGUAAUCAACACACACACACAAGAAUAUUCUUCUCUUUCCCAAUGUCCGUACAAAAGGUAUAAUAAACAAACAAAAAAACUUAAAACGCGUAAAAAAUUUCUAAUUUCACUCGGAGACACCAAUCUCUACUUCAACAAAUAAUUAAUGCCAACCAGUCUGCAUAUAAAAGCAAAUAGUUUGUAAUAACAUAUAUCUACAAAUAAAACGAGGUUUCCUUUUGUAGCAACACAUACAACAAUGGCGAAGGAGCUUACAGUUGGGUUUCGCUUCUAUCCCACGGAAGACGAACUGAUUGCGUUCUACCUAAGAAACCAGCUCGAAGGAAGGAGUGGUGACACAAUACACCGUGUCAUCCCAGUUCUAGAUGUCUUUGAGGUCGAGCCAAGUCAUCUUCCAAAUAUUGCGGGAGAUAGAUGUCGAGGAGAUGCUGAGCAAUGGUUCUUCUUCGUGCCAAGACAAGAACGCGAAGCAAGAGGAGGCAGACCGAGCAGAACCACUGGUUCAGGGUACUGGAAAGCAACUGGGUCACCUGGUCCAGUCUUUUCGAAAGAUAACCGAAUGAUUGGAGUCAAGAAAACUAUGGUUUUCUACACUGGAAAAGCACCAACAGGAAGAAAAACAAAAUGGAAGAUGAAUGAAUACAAAGCCGUUGAUGAAACGUUCAACGUUUCCACAGUCCAUAAGUUGAGACAUGAAUUCAGCUUAUGUCGGGUCUACAUAACAUCAGGAAGCUCAAGAGCUUUUGAUAGACGCCCAAUGGGAUUUUUUCAGGCAGAGAGAAUGCUUACACGUGAUGUUGCAGUUGGUGAGAGAUCAGUUCGCGUGGAAAGCUCACCAGAAGCUUCGAUGUCAGAAGGAGGACAUGGUUAUCUCUCUGUGAAUGGUGAGAUGGUUGAUGGUUUAACUAAACCAAUUUGGGAAUGGGAACAGCUGAGUUGGCCUUGAAGCUUGCGAGAUUCAUAAUCAAGCAAAUUGAAGUUACGUACUGGUUUUUUGUCACAAAAAAAAGUUACGUACAUUAUUACGUAGUUGAAUUUAUGACCAGAAAGAUUUUUUUUUUUUGAGCAAUAAUUUGAGCAAGAAUAACUGACAAAAGGUAACUUUCUUUAAUUUCGUUUUCUUAGAGAAUGUAAAGUCAUCGAGCAUUUAGAACUUUAGAAACUCAAAUGUCAAAACCGUGAAAUUAGCUUAAUUAAGACGAAAAAGUCAACAAAGAGGAAAAAAUAAGGGACAGAAACAAACCAAAGAUUAAAUUACCAAAAUAAUACUCAAUCCGUUCCACAAAAAUAGACUUUUUAGUAUUUUCACGCAUAUUAAGAAAACACAUUAAAUUACCAUAAUAAAUGUAUCGUUUUCUGUAAUUUUAAAUUUUCAAUAAUUUUUAACUAAUUGAAAUUUAAUAAAGUCAAUUAAUUUUCUUGAAGUUUGCAAUAUUUUCAUAAAAAACACAAAAAAAUACAUCUUUGUGAAACAAUUUUUUUUUUCUAAAAAAUCUAUAACUAAGGAACGGAUGAAGUAUUAUAUAGCAAGUAGGCUUUGAUAGGCAUAAAGUAGAAAAAAAAAACAAUUUACUUGAUCAUGUUUCAAUACCAAAUAUAAACUUUACAUAAACGAAAGGAGCCAAAAGAACAAAAUUGUUUUUUUAUAUAAGCGUUAUCAUAAAGGUUGAAUGUGGACAACGACUAAAAAGAAUUUUUGGUCGUCGAUAGUUUGUCGUUAAAGAAAAACAAGUUUUGGUUCUCUUACAUAUAUAUACUAAAAUUAUCAUAUGAUUAGGACAUCACCCAUGGAGGCUAUGCAGUAAAAUUAUAAACACAUGCUUCGAAUUGUAAUUCUAUUCACGAACUUAUAAACUGAGGCUGAGGUUGAAAUCAAGCUCGACAAUAUGUUUAUAUAUAUAUAUAUCUGUUGAUAUAUUCCUUCAAACCUAUAGAAUAUAAAACCCUUAGAAAAACUAUUACAUUAUGCGGGCUCAACGUGAUGAAAGUUGUGAAUCAGAGUACCUAGUAGGUAAACAAGUCAAAUAACGGUAUUUAGCCGUCAAUUUAAAUGAUUGGUUUACGUCUACACCAUGUGUGUGCAGUGUGCACGUACGUGAGAGAUGAUUAAAUUGUUGUUUUGGAAAAGUUAGUACCAUCAACGUUAUAAGUUCAUCUCUAACAAGUAGUCAAGCCUCCUUAACCAUGCGCAGCAACAUUAAUGCAAUAAUGACAUAUUCGGACAAGGCGACAACAAGCAAUCCCCAGGAAAUGAGGCAACACGAAAAUCACUAUUUUGUAAUAUCUGUAUACUUGCCAUACUAUAAAGGUUGAAAAGUGGACCAAGACUAAAAGGUUUUUUUUUUUUGGUCGUUGCUUGCUUGUUUUUGGGUAUUCUUUUAUCAUUUCAUCCGGCUGGAAGAGUUCCUCUAAUUGUAUGAAUUUUUCUAAAACGCUUUUUUUUUUAAAUAUAAUUCAAGAAAGUUUCGCAUUAUCUAGUAUUCCACAAAUUAGUAAUCCAAGUUUUUAAGCUUUUAUUACAGCAGAGAGAGAUCAACCAGGACAAAAAAGAUUAUAGAUGUAAAAUAAAAAAAGGAAUUAAUGCUUUUUUUUUGUGAUUUUGAAUCUGUGAAUUGUUAAUGAACCUACCACAUUUGUUGAUUCUAUUAAAUCUACUAUUGCUAUCGAGCAUGAGUUUCUAUUCUAAUUCGAAUAGAAUGUAUUGAGCCUACAAUCCAUUUUAUUUUUUCGAUCAAUACUAAAAAACUUUUAAAAAAAAUUAAAUAUGAUUUUAUUUUCGACACGAAUAAACUGUCUUUUUUCUAUCAAAUAUAUCAAAAAACAAGUAUAAAAGAAUAGAUGAAUGUUCAAUUGAAAAAAAGCAAUUCUUUAGUUUUUUUCUUUCUACUGCCAAAGUAUUUAGUCUUUAAACUUUCAAAUGAAUUCAUUUCAAAACACUUCAAUUGGUACACGUAAGAAGUAAGCCAAUUCAACAGCUUUUUGCUCAAUUUCUCGUGUAAUAAAAUUCUCAUCAGUACGAAUUAAAAGAAUAUCCCAUUGACCUCGAAUUUCCAUAUAAAGUACACGCCAAGCAGAAACACCCUCUUUAACUUCGAUUCGGAUGGACUGAAUAUCUUUCAUGAGGAAUCGUAAAAAGAUCCGACGACUUUUUCCAGGAAAUCCCCAACGAAAAUAUGUACUAUCCCUUCUUUUCGAUCAUAACCACUACCCACGUUCCACAAAAUAGUGCAAAACAAAUAGAAACUAAUAAAGAGACCUGCGAUCCCAUAGAAAGACAUCACAAUCCCUUGUGGAAAAUAUGAUUUGCUGAGACGCAACUAAUGAUAUAAAAUUUCUACCAAGAUAACUGAAAGUUUCAACCAAUAAGAAUCCCAAUGAAGCUAAAAAUAAGAUAAAUGCCCAACAUAAAUUACAUGUUUUUCGAGACCCUGUUACAAAUUCUAUCCAUAGAGAUUCUGAUCGCCAACUCAUAUAUAUUUGAUCCAGUUAUACAAUUUUUUGGAAUUGAGAAAAUAUGACUUUCCUUUUUUUGUUUUCAAAGUAACUCUCAUCAACUAUAAAUAUUUUGUUGUGAACCUUUACCUUAAGAGUAAUUCAUAAAAUUGUUUAUAUCUAAAAUAAUAACAUAUCCUUCCUUUAUAUGAUCCCCUAUAACUAUAUACAUACAAAUAAAUACAUUGACUUGAAUUUCAUACAGCAGUCGGAUGAUGAUCCAUUUUUCAAAAGAGUGCAAAUUGAGUUACUCCAUAUAAUACGGUUACACAUGCAUAAAAGCUUUUUUAGUUAUGUUUGUAGGAAUAUAUGUGUUAUACAAUCUUCUAUCAAAUGAGUCUUAUCAAAUUGACUUUU